UAAUAAUUAAUGUUAAAAAUACUACGAAGAAAAUAAAUAAAUAAAUAAAAAACUAUUUAUAAUUACAACAAAAAUUCGUAAACAAAAACAAUUAUUAUUAAUCUAAUAAAAAGAGAAAAACGAAUGAAAAAAUUUAAAAUUUGCAACAAACAUUUGCAAGUGUAAAAAAUCCCCUUAAAAAAUGUCUUCGAAAGCCAUAAAUUACAUGGGCAUGAGUAUAGUGGAGCCCCAGGAAAGAAUGCGCUAUUUGGUCAACUAUGGCAACUUGAUAGAUGUGGAUCCUAAACAAUCUAUAAAUCGCUAUUAUCGCUCUGGCACUGAAAUGUUACGCAUGGCCCAAGUCUAUCUUGCCGAGGGUAAUCAUGAAAAUGCCUAUUUGUAUAUGAAAUAUUUAACGCUGUUUGUGGAAAAGAUACGUUCGCAUCCCGACUAUCCCAGCAUUAAGUCUGAAAUGAAAUUCAUUAAUAAACGUAUUAAAGAUGAAGUUAUGCCCACUUCGGAAAAGUUACGUGCCAAACUAUUGGAUCGUUAUCAAAGGGAAUAUGAACAAUUUCUGGCGAAUAAAGAAGCCGAACGUGUGCGGGAAAUGGAACGUGAACGUCGUAUACGAGAAGCGGCUGCUAAUGAUUCGACAAAAUCAGCUUCUUUAAUACCCGCCAAUUUACAUGUGCAAAUGGAUCCUAAUGUUCAGCCCACGGCACCCGAUAUGGGCUUGCUAGAUCAGGUGGUAUAUCCCAAUGAUUUUCCAACGGGUGGUCAUAAGUCAAAUUUACUAUUACCUUCGGAUAGUUUGGAUAAGGAGGAUAAGCGAUCGAACCUUCCCUCGAAACCCUCUUUUGAUCGUUCCACUAAACCACAAUACGAUCGUUCAAAUUCCCUGCUGGAGGGUUCACUGCGCACCGUUGUCAUACCACAAAACACAAUGGAUGUAUUUCUGCAACUUGCCCUGGCGAACACGAAUAAAAAUAUCGAAACUUGUGGCAUAUUGGCUGGUCAUUUGGCCCACGAUCGUUUGUAUAUAACACAUGUUAUAAUACCCAAACAGCAGGGCACCCCAGACUCGUGCACCACCAUACACGAAGAGGAAAUAUUUGAAGUGCAAGAUGAACAAAAUUUAAUAACAUUGGGAUGGAUACAUACUCACCCCACGCAGACAUCGUUUUUGUCAUCAGUGGACUUACAUACCCAUUGUUCGUAUCAGAUAAUGAUGCCCGAAGCUAUUGCAAUUGUUUGUGCACCAAAAUAUCAAACUACCGGUUUCUUUAUACUUACCCCAACUUAUGGUCUGAAUUAUAUUGCUGAAUGUAGAAAAAGUGGAUUUCAUCCACAUCCCAAUGAUCCACCAUUGUUUAUGGAAGCCCAACACAUUCAAAUGGACACAGAACAAAAGAUACGUGUAGUGGAUUUGCGCAGAUAGUUUAAGGAAUUUUUUAUCUAAAAGCUAAAAAAGAGCAAAAUAAAAACGAAUUUAAGAGCUUAAUAAUUUAAAAAAAAGCUUAAGAAAAAUUUCUGUAAACAAAAGGAAUCUGAUAACUAUAAAACAAGACCCAAAGAAAAAGUUCCAAAUUUACAAAAAAAAAAAGAA